AGUCCCAAGAGUCAUUCCUUGGAUGGUCAUGGCUAUGUCAACCCUUUGGAAACCAGCAGGCUUCACCCAGUUGAUUUAGUUUUGAAGCCUAAGGUACAGCAUGAUGUUUGUUCAACUAGUUUAAGCUCAUCAGUACCACUGACUUCUUUGUUGCAAUCCAAGUCUCCAGAUAAAUUGGAGGAAGAAGACCAGUUUACAGAAAGUUUAUCUCCUGUGGAGAAAAGAAUCAUCUGUCGAACAAUGACUCAACCUCCUGAUACUUUUGAAUAUAUUGUUAAUGCCAAAGAUACAUUAACAGGUAUAGCUGCUCGUUUUGAUACUACACCUUCAGAACUGACCAAACUAAAUCGACUUACCAGUCGACUAAUUUUUCCUGGACAGGUUCUGUAUAUACCUGAAAAAUCAGGGCAGAAUGAAAAUAAUCCUGUAUUAGGAGAGGCAACAGGAGGAUUUCCCUGCACUGAGGUAAAGCAUAGAUCAAGUCCUAAGCCAGGACAUGUGGAAAGAGUAAAAUCACCCAUAGAGGAAUUAGUUCUUUCUACCACAGUCAUUUCAGAUGCAAACAAAUGUGGAACACAAUUAGGUGCUGCAAGCACAAAACAUUCUGUUCCUACAACUGCUAAAGAGUUAGACAAGGAGUGUUUAGAAAAAUUUUUGAAAAUUGAUGCAAGGCACAUCACAGAUGGACAGGGUGUGGUAAGUGGAGUCUUACUGGUCACACCUAAUGCACUGAUGUUUGAUCCAAAUGUCUCUGACCCAUUGGUUUUGGAGCAUGGGGCUGAAAGCUAUGGUGUAAUAGCACCUAUGGAGAUGGUUUUUCGAGCAGCUUUAUACCAUGAUAUUGCUCAUAUGAGGGUGAAACAUGCUCCCGAGUGGUCACAUAAUCUUCCAAAACCAGAUGUAUACCAUUCACCAUUGAGUAUUCCAGUUUCAGAAGAUUCACAUGUGCAAAAAACAGAAGCUAUAACAAGUAAACAUAGUGAAGGUUUUGAGACUAUAGUAAUAGAACAAGAGAAAGCAGGCAAAACUGAACUCUCCAAAGAUUUAAAUGUGGCAAAAAUAGACAGUGAAACAGAAGAGUUAGAAAAUGUAGGUACAGAGCAAUCUUUCCAGGACAUCCCAGAAGGUCCUACUGGAAAGGACUUUGAUCAGGAAGUUGCUGAAGCAUUCACUCAUAAAAAGGUUCAGUAUGAUUUAAUUGAAAGAAAAAGGCCAGCAAGUGUUGAUACUUGUCAGUAUAUAAAGAAGGAAGAAGUUACUUGUACUCUAGGAACAUUAAAAAAAUUUUCACAGAAGGAUAAUAUUAAAAGUAAAUCUGCUACAGAUAACUUUGCAAGAGCAGAUGUUGUCGAUGACAGUGGUAUGUUAAUCAUGCCUCAUGAAGACAAAAGUCUUCAUAAUCUUGUUACUAGACAGCGUUCUGCCAGUCCUCACUGUGUGGUAGAGAGUAGGCGAGAGAAAAUGAUUAAAAGAUUAUCUUACCCAAUGGAAUCUCUGUCUUCUUAUACAGAAUCUAUUUCUAAACUCAUUUCCUCAUCACCAAAAAACUUUGUUAACUUUUCAAGUGGCUUGUUUGUAUGGAGCUCUGAUGAAGACACAAAAGUAAAAGAUGUAUCUACUAUGAAUACAACAGACAAAAUGCCAGUUAAUGAAAAGGGGGUUGUACAGAGUGAUAUUAGUUUUAGUGCUAAAGGAAUAGAAGGUCAACAGCAACGAUCAACAGAUAUUCCAAUUGUUGGUUACAAAAACAUGGUAGAAGAUAAACCAGAGCUGUUUUAUUCUCUUGACACUCGAGGCUUUCACUUCGAGGAAUUUGAGUUGAUACCACGGCAAGCUCGACCUCCUGAUGAUCCUCCUCUAUACUUAUGCUUACGAAUUGGUCGGCCAAAAGAUAAGAAAUCUACAAGAUCCACUACAGUUUUUUCUUAUGGAAAAAAACAAAUAAGAAGUGAAUAUUGGUUCAGUAUUCCUCGACAUAGAGUGGAUGACUUGUACAGAUUUUUUCACCGCUGGACACCAGAUAGAUAUGGUGAUGUUGAUGCUACCAAACCUGAGGACAUGGGCUUUGAUCCAAUUAACUCUGAUGAAGAACAAGACUUUCCAGAUGAUAGUGACAAUUUAUUUGAUGAAGAAACUAAUGGUACUGACUCCCAGGGUAAAAAAGGUAAACGACCUGGUCCCUUGGAUUUGUUGAAACUGGUAGAAGAACAUUUUGGUACUGAAAUGAGCCCAUCUGAUUGGGAGGUUGUGUCAAUGAGUGAGGCCCAAAAGCCACAAGAAAUAGACCCUGCUGAAUUGCCACUCAUAGAACUGUUGGAAGAAAGUGAUAUCCUGACAGAAGAACAUUGCAAAAAGUUAGCACUGCAUCUUCCACCCCGGGCAGAGGGCUAUCCAUGGACACUCAUCUAUUCUUCAUCCAAGCAUGGCUUCAGCCUGAAAACAUUGUACCGAGAAAUGUUAAAAUUUGAAACCCCAGUUAUCUUAGUCAUUGCUGAUACUGAAAAAACUGUUUUUGGUGCCCUGACAUCAUGUUCAUUGAAAAUAAGUGAGCAUUUCUAUGGAACAGGAGAGUCUUUCCUUUUUACAUUUUCCCCAGAGUUGAAGUGUUAUCACUGGACUGGAGAUAAUAUGUAUUUUAUUAAGGGUAAUAAGGACAGUCUUGCAAUUGGAGCAGGAGAUGGCCAGUUUGGUCUGUGGUUGGAUGGAGACCUGUUUCAUGGACGGAGUCACAAGUGUAAAACCUAUGAAAAUGAAACUCUUUCUACUCAUGAAGACUUUGUAGUAAAAGCAAUUGAAGCAUGGGGUUUUGAAUAAUCAUUUGUUUUUUGUACAUAAGUAUAUGCAUAGCUGUAAAUGUAAUCAGUGUGUAAUUGUUAAUGAAAAUUAAUAUUCCACAUGGUUUCAUUCUGUAGCUCAUAAACUGGUUAGCAAAUAAUUUUGUGAGUAGGAUGUUACAAAAGAGCCUGUGAUGCUUAUACAUCUGUGUCUUCAAUAUUUAGUGCUAGUAAUUUGCUAGUACUCAGAACUAAGUCAAAUGUACUUUAUUGCUAUUGUACAAGGACUCUUUAGGCUGAUGUUAUUUAAAAUAACUUUAUUAGUUUACUUAACUGAUUGUGGUAGGGUACACAAAGAAAUAACGUAUAAUAGAUAUGAAAGUAAUGAGUGGCCUUAGACUACUCAACCUGUUUCAGAUCUAAUGCUUCUAAGCGUAGCUUCUUAUGUUAAUAAUGUAUGUAAUAGUAGUUAGUUAAUUGAAAAAUAAAAUAGCUUGUACAAAACAUA